CAAUUAUGUCUGAAAUAUGGAUUGAAUCCGAAUUGGGUCCAAAUAUGGAUUGGGUCCCAAAAGAAAGCCCUUUGGCACUCGGUCGAACACAGCUAUCGCCCGUUCGCUUCCUGCCUUCACUUCCAGUUCCAACGAAAAUAGAGAAAACGAGAACAACAGCUACUUAUUUCGUCCUUCGUUCCUUCUUGUUCCUGAUUUCUGCAUUCCAUACGGGAUUUUCUGUUCCCAAUUUCUCUAUUUCAUACGAGAUUUUCUGAUUUCUCCUUCUUGUUUCUUGUUUCUUUCUGAAAUUUUGCUGGCGUAUGUAAGAGUUUUUGCUGAGAAAUCGAUUGGCUGUUUUGCUGUUUCUGUUUCUUCUGAUCCUGUUUUGCUGUUUCUUCCUUCUUAUAUGUAUAAAAAAAAAAAUGACAGAGUUGAAUGAAAAAUAGAACGUCAAUGCGUCAAACCAUUACAUAAACCCAGCAAUCCAUUUGUUACAUACUGUGAAGGGAGAAGAACAAAAUGGAUUGCAAGGAAAACGAAUGUCCGGAAAGGGAGACUUCACGUGUAGUUGCUGAAUUCCUUGAAGUUGCCAUUACAUCCAUCAUCUUCCUGAAAGGAAUAUACCCACCCGGUGCUUUUGAAAGGCGGAGAUAUAUGAAUCUAUUGGUUCACAGGGCUCGACACCCUCAGCUUCAUCACUAUAUCCUCAACUCUGUCAAUGCGCUUGAGCCUUACAUCCAACAGGGGCUGGUUGAGAGAGUUGCAGUUAUUUUCUUCAAGGAUGAUAAAUUUCCAGUUGAGAGAUUUAUGUUCAAGAUUAAUGUGAAGCAGUCGUGUUAUGAUGGGGAAAAGAUGGACAUGGAGCUACGAUCAUUCUUGGUGAAGCUGUGUUUAUCAGAACCUUUUUCAAAGAAUGCUGCUGUUGUAUCUCAAUGUAAACAAUCUGAUUGGAGGUGGGAAAUAACAGGUUACUUUUGCUCUCUUCCUGAAGCUGAAGCUGAUGCGUGGAUUUCAAGCAACACACAGCAAUGGAAACAACCUCCUGUAAUAACACCAAUCAAGUCCAUGAAUAUUCAUCCAUUGUCUGUGCAGCUAUAUCUGGAACAUCCUCCAAACGAGCCUUGAAAGUGUUUUUGUUUAUUUGACGUCCAAGUGGACUUGUCUUUUUUCACGUGUCCAGCUCUUUUGCUGAUGUGUCAUGCCAGCUGGAGAAGAUAUUGGGAUCCAGGUGGAUGGCUACCUUUGCUGAUAUGGACAUGGUGUUUGGCUGAUGUGGAUACCAUUUGGAUCAGCUUUUGUUUAUGUGUCGUCUUCUUAAGUGUUAACCCCCUCUCAUUUCAAUCAAAUUCAUUAUACAUCCAUUUUAGACAAACAAUUGCAAACAUUAUCGUGAUACUUUUCGUUGAAGAAAUUGCAAACAUUUGGCUUAUCAAAGAAUAUAGGUGCAAAAUUAAAAAUUAAAUAUGUAAUGUAAGUAUGUUCAUUGCUCCCUUGGAUCGACCAG